UCGACAGACAUCGUCCUGACGGACCUCUGCAAAACAUUUGACACUCUGUGUGUUGCGCUGGUGGCACCCGAGUUGUGACAUUGCGAAAUGCGCUUCACAUAUCAACCCCACCCCUUCUCUCCUCUAAUUCCAGACCCCUGUAUGUAUUUUUAGCAAUGAUGUUCACUGUCAAGUAAUCUAACGGAAAGAACAGCAAAGAACACACUCCAGCAAAGAAGAAGAGAACUGGCGUUAAGGCCGUUGAACGUUUCAUCAUCCAUGGAAAGCAGCAAAUGAAAUGAAAAUUGAAAAUAAUCUAUUGCUUUGUGCCUUGGUGACCUUUACCAGCUCAUCGGAGACAAAGGGUCAGAGCACUGUUUUGCCCCCUGUUGUCACCCCAGGCGCCCUCCAGCAUGAGGGCGUGUCCACUGCAUCCCCAGUCCUCCCAUUGGUCAAUGAAGAUGAGGAUCAGGGGCCAGAGCCAGGUCCUGCCAAACAGACCUCACCAGACCAAGCGAAUGGGGCCCCAACCAAACCAGCUUUUAUUGACGGCGACAGGCUGCUUCAAUCAGAGUUUGUUACAGAUGACAUGGCUGUGACCAAUCAGAUGACCACGUCUCCGCCUGCACCUGCACACACAGUCAACACCGUUACAGCCACCCAAGACAACGCCACUCUCGUAGCCGCUCCAGACUGCUCCUCCUCAUCAUCCCCUGUAAAGAGAACCUUCCCUGCAGGACUGCCCUCCACCCUAGGGGACAUUACUAGCCACCCCUCAACCCUAGGGGGCACUACCUAUCCUGGCCCCGCUGGAGGCCACCUCACCACCUCUACUCCUCCUGUUUUAGAUACCACCCCACCUCCAUCCCAUGUUUUAACACCGAUCCAGUCCUCUGUCCAACUCAGCACCCCAGCAUUGACCCCUGACCCAACCCAAACCCUCACCCCGGAGCACCCCAAGACCUCCGCCCCAGCCCACGUUCCUGCCCCUGCCGGCCCGCCUCACCAGGAGGUUCCAUCAGAGCUCACCGUUGAAGAUGAGGACAAAGGGCCACACCUCCACUCUCCUCUGGACCCUUUGCUGGCUAGCCUAGUCUCUAUCUUUAUUGUCACCACAGCCGUAGUCUCUGUUGGCCUCUUCCUCAAAUUCCGCCAACGGACCGACCACCCUGAGUUCCACCGGCUGCAGGAUCUACCCAUGGAUGACUUGAUGGAAGACACACCACUUUCCAGAUACACUUACUGAUGAUGGAAACCUCUCAUCAACAGUCAACUUUACUUCUAGCCCAGCUACACAGCAGACACCCAAUCGGCCACCAUUUUGGAUCCUGGCAAAGCUUUUGACUGGACUGGAGGCCCUCAGCCAGCGCCCAUGUUGGCUCACUAUGAUUCCCCCUGCUGAGCAGUUUCCAAUUUGAUUGUCUUCUGUUAACAAUGAGAAGGCAUUAAAUACCCAAUCAGGUGUUUCAAUAGGACAUCAGAGGUUCCGUUUCAACAUUAGGCCAACAUCAGAGGUUCCGGUUCAACAUUAGGCCAACCAUCAUUAUUGCCUUUGAAGCUCUGAUGUUUCAUCUGCACAGAGGUCUGUUUUGUUCUUUGUAAUGUACCCCCUCCUGAUACAGGUCAUGCACAGCACAGACUGCACUUUAAUGUGUUAUAGAAACAGUCACAGUGCCCUCUAGGGGAUAUCAGUGGAAGUGGAGUCCCAAAUGAGUUGGUACUGUACGAAGAAAACACAAUACCACAUUUGAUGUUGUUGCCAAGAUCUAUGAUAGAGGGGAAAUAGACAGGGAGUGAAAGAUGCGUACUGUAGUAGUACUUAAGUGAUUUAAAUGUUCACCAGUCUCCAGAAAACCAUGUUAUGGGACUAUUCUAAUCCCUGAACUGGCCAAACAUGAGUGAAAUGCUCUUUCAAACCAGAAUGCCUAGUGGGUUGUCUUAACAAGGGAUUGAGUUUAGAAAAACACCCAUCCUUGGUCUUACUUGCAUGAUAACCAGUAAAGAUUCUGUAAAUGUAACCCCAAAACAGUCAGCAAAACAGUGAAUUUGUUUGAAGUGUAGUGACAGAAAGGGGGUCACCUCCAAUAAGGGUGACUUGAUUCAAAACCAUAUCUAAAAAGUUUAAUCAAAUUUAAAGACUACUUUGAGGUGAAAGGUUGGGUUCACCAACAGUGGUCACACAGUGGUGCUUUCAUGUGAAAGUGAUCGGUUAAGGAACUUUGUGAAACACAAAUGAUGAAAAAGUUGAGUAUUUUCAAAAUGUGAAUGCAAAAUGUAUACUUACUAUUUGUUUAAAAUACAUAGGAAAUGGUCAAGUACAUAUUUAUUAACUAUUCACUUGAUGUCUCACAAAAUGAUCCUUUAAAUUUGUAAAUUGGAAAUACUAAAAUGCAGAAACAGAGCAGUGUCUAAGAACUAUGAGAUUUUAAGUCACAUCUAGAUUGAAAAUUACUUGUUUUGUCAAGCACUGUAACAAUUCAUAUUUACAGUGUUUUGAAGUGUCUCUCGUGAUUUACCAGUUAAGUGCCAAAAGUGAUGUAGGAUGAUAUACAGUUGCAGGGUUAACUUUAAGAAAUGUAUGUUUUAAAGGACUUGUUCAAUUUUUUUAUAAUACAACUGAAACCCUUUUAGCUGUGUGCUUUUGACUCUUCAUCAUAUGAGUGAUUCACAAGUUCAGAGAGUUAUUGUAUUGUUACUUAGUACAAUUAAACUAAUCAUGGACAGAAAUUGCCUAAUGGCUAAGGUAAUAGUAGAGCGUUUCUUGUGCCUGCAUGUAGACUUAUCAGAGGUGGUGUGUGAACUUUGGACAACUAUGCAGCUCAGAUCAACGAGGACAACCACACCCCUCACACAUUAUUAACCUCUUGGCAGCCUUUUUCUAAUACACCGAA